UGCAAUUCGAAAUCAACCUCUUUUCUCUAGGCGCAAUUAUGUUCAGAGAGAUCGGAUCCUUACCAAGGUUGGCAGCUGCAAUUGCAGAAAUCCAGGCGGAAACCCCACCGGAGAAUGCGCUGCCCUCCGAAGACGUUGUGACUCGAGCCCGGGAAACCCUUAUACCAACACUACCUACAGAAGGCUUAGGGUUAGAAGCAACGAUAAGGCAUUUGCGACAAGAGAUAGUGCCAGGUUUCAAUGGAUCCAGUCGGUCGUCAAACUAUUAUGGAUUCGUCACUGGAGGCAGCACCCCCGCGGCGACCCUGGCGGACAACUUGGUCACCGCCUAUGACCAGAACACUCAAGUGCAUCUUCCAAACGAAACAGUUGCCACGGAUCUAGAGGACAGGGCUCUCACAUUGCUUUGCGAACUGCUGCAGCUCGACCCCUCGCAAUGGCCGCAUCGAACCUUCACCACGGGCGCAACAUCAAGUAAUGUACUUGGAUUAGCCUGUGGCCGAGAAUAUAUAUUUGAAGAAGUAGCUGCGGUUAGGAGCGAUGCCACCAUCAGCAUUGGUGAAAUCGGUAUUUUUGAAGCUAUGCACCGCUCAGGCAUCAAUAAGAUUCAGAUCUUGACCACAGUCCCUCACUCUUCUCUUAGCAAGGCGGCGAGUAUUCUUGGACUAGGCCGAGCUGCUGUUCGUAACAUCGGCUUGGAAUCUCAUCCCCACAAGUUCGACAUGCCUCUCCUGAGCAAGCUCUUGGAAGACCCCAGCACAGCAUCUAUUGUUGCGAUCUCAGCGAGCGAAGUCAAUACUGGCCUGUUUGCGACGUCGGGUCUAGAGGAAAUGCAGGAAAUCAGAAAGCUGUGCGACGUAUACGGCGCAUGGAUUCACGUCGAUGGAGCAUUUGGUUUAAUGGGCCGCUUGUUAAGUUCCCCCGACUACGGCCGUAUCAUUAGAGGCUGCGAAGGAUUGGAAUUGGCAGAUUCCAUCACUGGAGACGGCCAUAAACUGCUCAACGUCCCGUAUGAUUGUGGCUUCUUUCUUUCUCGUCAUCGUGAAAUAGCUUCACGCGUAUUUCAGAACCCAAAUGCUGCGUACCUCAGUGCCGGGGCCGACGAGGGCAUCAUGUCACCGCUGAACAUUGGCUUAGAGAAUUCACGUCGGCUUCGAGCUCUUCCUGUAUACGCUUCCCUAGCAGCAUAUGGAAGGGAUGGGUAUCGCGAAAUGCUAGAGCGCCAGAUCAUACUUUCCCGCGGUAUUGCGGAGUAUAUUCUCGACAGCGAGCAUUUUGAGCUACUACCACAAUUUGAAAGUGAGAGGACACAGAUUCUGCAAAAUAUCUACAUCAUUGUUCUUUUCAGAGCAAAGGAUGACGGCUUGAAUGAUGAGCUCGUGAAUCGGAUCAAAGGCACCAAGAAGGUGUAUGUAUCAGGCACAGCUUGGGCAGGCAAGCCAGCCUGUCGCUUUGCCGUCUCAAACUGGAUGGCGGACGUGAACAAGGAUUUGCCAAUCAUUAAAGGAGUAUUCGAAGAUGUGAUAUCUGAGUGGCAAUUGAAGUGAACAGCUAAAAUUCCCCUCAUGAGCAUUUUAGAUUAAUGCCCAAUAGACCGAUUCACGUAACAUGUGAAACUUCUUAAAACUCUUCCAUCUUGUACACUUCAUAUGCAGGCUCCUCAUAUGGAUGAGCCUCCUUCAAGGCUUUAAUAGCCUGGACCGCGAUGUCUCUAUUCAGACAAAUGGCUUCUACUCUGCACUCUUCGACUUCUUCUAACUUGCC